CAAGAACGUUUCCAUUCAUGAGGUGACCAUUCGUGAGGGGGGCGCAUCUGUGGCAGCAACGUUCUCUCUUCUGCAUCAUGCGCUUGUGGCUUGGCAGCUGCCAUAUAAUACGGUAGCCGUGUUCCUAGCAUACAGAUCUGUCACCUUGCGGUUUCUCUCGCAUCUUUUUACCUGAGAUCCAAGCGCAUCAGACGUUACUGACAUUGUGCGGGCGAGAAAGAUCAAGGGGGGCAGUGAAAGGGGUUUAGAAGCUGAUUGGUGUUGAGUGGAUGAUCAAGCAUCCUUCUCGGGUUUACUCUCAGUGAGGGAGCCUUCCUGUGAGCGGCACAAUGUUGUCAGUUGUGGCGUCGCAGCAUUGACACUCCUGAUAGGAAGUUCAUUGCGAGAGAUACGGCCCCAACAAGGGCCAGCAGGUCGGCCGGUCUUCUCUACUAAUUUGAAGAGUCCGUUAAAGCAUUGCAAAUUAGAGCUCCAAUUGCACUGAGCGCUGACAGCGCUGCCAGCAAAGGCCGGGAAGUCACAAAAAGGAUUGAGGCGAAGGGUCCUCUUCAGGUUUGGGGAAGGGGGGCAUGGCAGGUUUAGGCACCGCAUCAUAUAGGGACAGAACAGCAGAGCUCUUUUCCACCGCAGAAAGGUUGAAAAAGGUCCAGGGGGUUGGGUCGGGGCCCAGCACAUCUGGUUCUACUUACGAACCACAUGCAAACGGACACGCGCAGGCUCCGUCAUGGGGGCAGGGCCCACAGCAGGCGUCAGUUAUGCAGUCAGAGUUCAGCAGACGAGCUUCUUCCAUUGGACUGUCGAUACACCAGACCUCUCAGAAGCUUGCAAAGUUGGCCAAGUUAGCAAAACGCACGUCCAUGUUCGACGACCCCGCGCUCGAGAUCCAGGAGCUGACGGCGGUGAUCAAGCAGGACAUCAGCGCACUGAACCAGGCCAUCACAGAGUUGCAGUUUGUGUCCACGAAUCAGAACCAGGCUGCGAGCAGCAGCAAGCAGAGCAGCGAUCACACAGCAACCGUGGUGGAUAACCUGAAGAGCAAGCUCAUGGGGGAGACCAAGAAGUUCAAGGACGUGCUGACGAUGCGGACGGAGAGCUUGAAAACGCAUCAAAGUCGGCGGCAGCUCUUCUCAGCGGCGGGUGCUGACGGUCGAUCACGAGACGGUGCCAGCACUUCUUCCUCGCUCCCCUGGGCUAAUGGCGGGCCCGCCAAGGGCCUCUUCUCAAACAAGCGGCGCUCCGGCGACCCCCUCCUCCCGACGCACGCCCCCCCCUCCGCGGCGCAGCUGCAGCAGCAGAUGGUGCCGGGCCAGGACAGCUUCAUGGCCAGCCGUGCGGAGGCGCUGCACAGCGUGGAGAGCACCAUCGUGGAGCUGGGGGACAUCUUCAGCAAGCUCGCGGAGAUGGUGCAGAGCCAGGGCGAGAUGGCCAUCAGGAUCGACGAGAACAUGGACGAAACACUGACGAAUGUUGAGGGAGCCCAAGGAGCAUUGCUCAAGUACUUGAAUCGAAUAUCGUCUAAUAGAUGGCUAAUAAUCAAGAUUUUCUUUGUCCUUAUUGUGUUUUUGAUAAUCUUCGUUGUAUUUGUAGCCUAGUCUAGCUAGCCCACCAAACGUCGAACUAUCAGGGCAGCUAUGCUUCGAAGUAUUGUGUCACCGCCCGUUCAGCAAGAGAGAAGCUCAUGCAGGAGCCCCAACUAACAGCAACUGCGUGCGAUCCCCCGUACUCCUGUAAUAGACAAUUACCACCAUCCUUAAGUAAGUUGGUGGACGGAUGGCAUGGUGAUUCUGUAUGUACGUAUCAAUCGUCAACUAUAAUAUCAAAAGUCCCU